AUAGUGGGGUUGUGUUGAUUACUAGUUACUUCAGAUUUCCUUUAUGAAAACAUUUGCAUUUUAAAUUUACGCUUAUUUCACAUAAAAUGACGAAACGACGCCUUUUGAGCAUUAAUUCACGUAUUAAAUUCGGAUAUUUACAAGUCUGGUCGAUUAUAAUUGUAGCAAAGAGUUUACAACAUUAUCAGUUUAAGAGGGACAUCGCAGUACUUAAGAUAAAUCUAUGAAAAUAUAAUUACACUAUCACAAUGGACAAGAAGCUCGGGCUUAUUCUCCUCCUUCUCGUUGGCGCUGAUGCCCUAUUGUUUACCGUGAUAUCAGACGUUGAAGAAGUUGUUUCGUUUGCAUUAGAUGUGUAUAAUUUCUUUGACGGACCAAAACAGACGACGAGCUCCGUGAACUACGACAAAAUAGUUAAAACUAUUUCAGAGCGGAUUGAGAUGUCUACGGAAAAAAUUACUUUCAAAGUGGAGCUUGAAGCUCACCUGACAGAACUGCGUACUGCAUCGUACGCAAUACAACAGCUUCUAAAGGAUAUGGAACAUAUUGCAAAAACAAACAACGAAACGAAAAGACAAAUAUAUAAAACAAGAUUCCAUCAAGAUUUUGAGAGAAAGAAAAGUGACAUUUAUACAAUAAAGUCACUACUAACAUUUACAACUGACGUGUCCGGAAUAUCGAACACUCUAUUAUCUCUUAUUGUGGAAGGAUUUGAUUGCGGAAUGUCGAGCAUUGAACACUUUCAAACAUACUACAUGACGUUGGUCUCAAACGCAGUGGCACUGGAUAUGUUGAAUGAAAAACUGAGUGACAAUGAUCUGCACGAUGAUGCCUUGAAAGAAUGGCAGGCCGCGGCCGCAACAUUGUUUCAUAAAUUCCAACAGGAAAAAGAUUAUUGCAAGUCUAAAUUCAUGGAUCUUGUAAAAUCAGAUUUUGAUCAGAUUGAACAUGGCAAAGAGCUUUUCAGUAAUAACCAACAAAGGUAUUCUUAUACGACCAAUGAUGUUCUAUUUCUUACCGGAAGUUACUGUGCAAGAAGCUUAAAGAAAUAUGAUCCAGUAUUGAAGAAAACCAUUGACAAUGAUUUAAUAUAUGCAAUAUUUCAGAGUGAAGAACUUAACGUAGCACUUGAUAAAGAACUAUUCAAAAAGCUUGUUUUCAAGACCAAAUUUGAUGACUGUAUAAAAGACACCGGCGAUGUGAUAAAUAUGUUUGAUCUUCUUGGGUACGAUUUAGUGGUGUCAGUUAUGUUCCCCGAGGGCCAGGCAGAAAUCUUUCAGGAUAAGGAUUCAUCGUCAAAAUCGAUAACCACUUCAAAAUACACGACUAUAGUUUACCUACGAGUACAACAGCACCGCGUCAACGGUACACUCACAGCAAAGGACUUUGAUGUAGAUUUUUAUGUGGCCCCUGUACCGGCCGAAGAACCAUUUAAACUGCUUGGACUGGAGAUCUGGAAACUGGGUGUUAUUGGAGGCUCAGUUCUUGUGUUUUUUAUUGCAGUCGUUGUGCUUUGUAUAUGUUAUUGUCGCCGUCGUCGUCGUCGUCGUCGCCAUUCUUCUCCUUCUCCGUCUUUUAUACUCUAUUAGCUGAAUAAUAUGCUUAUAUUAAAGACACUAGCCAGAAGAUGGAUCAGUACCUUUGGAACUGAUUAGAGUGAUUGUUAGUAUCAAACUUUGUUGUUAUUAAUCAUUUAUGACCAUGGAAUACUGGAAGUAGUUGGUGCUAAUGAUACUGCUUUCGUGUUGCUUUUUUAUCGAUUUUAUACAUCAAUAUUUCUUCUUCUUUUUUUUUGCUAUCGAUAUAUUAACAGAAUGUAUAAUGCACUAAACAUAACAGUCGUAAUUAAAGGUAAUAUGUUGGAAACUGGA